CACAUUUUGGAAAUUAGACGGUUAUGAAGCUAAUGACGUGUAUCGCUCAGGAGGCUCACCAGCUGCGGUUACACAUUUUCUAAGCAGCGAACAGAGCAAACUGCAGUACGUACACUCCCAACACCCCAACCCCCAGCCUCUUCUGCAAUUCUCAUGAACUGAUUAUUAUUUAUUAGGAGGAAGAGGAUCGUCGUGGACGACCAUAUGAUAUGAGAUAAGUUCUUGGUUCAUGCAUUUUCGAAAUAAGGCUUUGGUAACUGAUUAAAUUGAUUGUUGGUUUGUUCAAACCCUGUUGAAUUAAUUGUGUUUGGCAUCAUAAAUUAGAUUAUUACAGAAUGACUAGGUCUAGGAAAAAUGCCAAGUCUUGUGAUGAACCAAGUGUUGCUAGAGGGAGUUCUUCUGCUACAAGUAGUGGGAAUUUUGAUCAUGAAAUUGCCCAACUUACAAAGCUUAGAUCAGGGCCUAAUGAGUAUAUGAGUAAAAUGUUGGGCAGAAAGAGUAAGGAUUUGAUUUCGCCGGUGAAAAUGUUGGCUGCCCGUGAGAGUAAUUGUUUACGAAAAUCCAAAUUCUCCACGGCAGAUGGUUGCCAUAUGCUUAAUAGAUAUCUGCCUGUUAAUGGACCUUACUUGGUGGACCAAAUGGAAAGCUGUGCAUAUGUCUCCCAAUUUUCGUCUGACGGCUCAUUGUUAGUUGCAGGAUAUCAGGGAAGUCACAUCAGGAUUUACAACGUGGAAAGAGGGUGGAAGGUUCAGAAGGAUAUAGUGGCUAGAAGCUUACGUUGGACGAUUACUGAUACGUCUCUUUCACCUGAUAAACGCUAUCUUGUUUAUUCAAGUAUGUCACCCAUUGUUCAUAUUGUAGACUUGGGAUCUUCUGUUGUGGAGUCCCUUGCAAAUGUUACGGAAAUUCAUGAAGGUUUGGACUUAUCAAUAGCUAAUGGCGAAGAUGAUUACAACAAUUUCAGUAUUUUUGCUGUAAAGUUCUCAGCGGAUGGUCGAGAGGUUCUGGCUGCAAGUAGUGAUAAUUCUAUCUAUGUCUACGAUCUUCCAACAAACAAGCGUACGCUCCGAAUACUUGCACAUGAGGAAGAUGUUAAUACAGUGUGCUUUGCUGACGAAUCUGGUCAUUUGAUAUACUCUGGAGGUGAUGAUAGUUUGUGCAAAGUGUGGGAUAGGCGCUGCCUGGCAUCACGAUGUCAACCUGCUGGAACAUUGAUGGGUCAUCUGGAAGGCAUUACGUUUAUUGACAGUCGUGGUGAUGGACGUUAUUUGAUAUCAAAUGGAAAAGAUCAGACAAUCAAGCUGUGGGAUAUUCGUAAAAUGUCUUCUAGUUCUGCAUGUGUUACUUCGCCAAGAAACUAUGAUUGGGAUUACAGAUGGAUGGAAUACCCAGCAGCGUUUAAGGAUAUGAAGCACCCAAAUGAUCAAUCUCUUGCAACAUAUAAAGGCCAUACAGUCCUUAGUACGCUAAUACGCUGUCACUUCUCCCCGGAAUACAGCACUGGUCAAAAGUACAUCUACACUGGAUCAAAUGAUGGAGCUGUCUAUACCUAUGAUUUAGUAAGUGGAGCAUUGGUUUCGAAGCUGAGCCAUCAUAAAACGACAGUGAGAGAUUGUUCCUGGCAUCCUUACCUCCCAAUAAUGAUAAGCUCAUCAUGGGAUGGAAUGAUUAUCAGAUGUGAAUUUCCUGGCGAUGAAGAGAAUCCGCCUCCUCUCAAGCGAAGAUGUCAUAGGAGAUACUAGUUUAAACUUGUAAACCCAAUGUUUAUGUGAUGACGACUUCCAUUUGCAAAUAUGUUAAAAUUAUCAAUUCCCUGUGUUGUAAAAAUAUUUUGUUCGAUCAUGGAUUCAUGGUACUGUAAUUGUAUAAUCUUAUUAAGUCCUGUUGACUGUUGUACAUGUAGUUCUGAAACUUAGUAUGGAGUACUCCAGUGAUAGAAAGUUCUAGGCCUGUAAGGGUCUUGUUCAAUUUUA